UAGCUUGUUCAUUUCUCUUGCUUUUCCAUCAUUAUUUUGUGUGUUUCAGGGAAUUGCUGUAUUGCAACCAGUGCUCUGAAGUUAUCACAACACCAGUUUUGAAAAUGCAGCUGGAAGUCUUCUUGAGUUGUCCCUCCCGAUCUCAAAGCACAGUGAAAGUAAAGCUGUUGCAAAAGACAAUCUCUUCUCUCCUGAUGUCCUCAGCCAGCGAGGAUGGGACUUACGAGGUGCAGAGCGUGCUGGGAAAGGAGGUGGGGUUCCUGAACUGCUACGUCCACUCCGUAUCCAGUCACCCCAACUGUGUUGCACUGGAGGAAAUCGUUCUUCUGGAAGCUGCAGCAAGACAAAGUUGAACUCUAGACAGCUAUUAUAGUAUCUGUGGACUUUGUCAUGUGAUUAUCUGUUAACUAGUGCCACAGAUAAUGUAUAAUGCAAGUGUGAUAAGCAUUAAGAUAGUUUAUUAAAACUGUGAUUUAUAAAGCACAUUGUGCUAACACUGAAGAAAAUAUCCAUAUAUUGUUCAACUUUCUGAACUUUUCAUUUUCUGAUCAGUGCAGAAUCUAAGAAUACAGUUCUUUGUUGUGUUUGCUGUUAUGUAAUGUAAAACAUCUUUUUCUGGAAGUUUUGAAUGGUUGUGAUUUUUUAAAUAAUGUUGUAUUUAUUAUGUGUCAAUGGAAAAUAUUUUAUUGAUAUUUUUGAAAUAAAUGCCUUGCUAUGGGCAGUGAAUGUUGGUUUAA